UAAAAGUCCAACAAAGUCAACAUGGACAAAAACAAAAUGAAUAUAUUUUAGAAUUAUAUAAAACACUGUUCAUAUUAAUUACAACAAAUCAUAGCAAUAAUAACUUAUUACAAUAUGCUAUACAAAUAUUUACAAAAGGUCAAAAUAGUUCUUCAUCAACAAUUAAUAAAUAUUGUACUGAUUGUUUAUUAACAAUUAAAAAUAUGAUACAUCCAAUUCUACCAACUUUAUAUUUACCAAAUAAAAAUGUUAAAAAUGAGAAUGGUCAUCAUCAGUUUAAUUUAUUCAUCAAUGAUAAUACGGGAUUGAACAAGAUUGAUAAACAUAAUGAAAAUCCAGGACGUAUUGAUGAAAAUAAUGAAAAUCCACCAAUAAUAGGGAGUAAUGAUGAAUAUUAUGUAAAUCCACGUCGUACUAGUGAAAGUGUACGAAGUAAAGAUGAUAAUGAAGAUAAUGUAAUAACACUAAGCGAUGAUGAUAAUGAAAUGAUUGUUGAUAAAGAUGCUGAAAUAUUGGAAAAAUUAAAAAGAUUGGAAAGUGUUGAGGAACUUGAUGAAACUAUCAUUGAAGAUAGUAAUGAUCAAUCAAUAUCGAAAUUAACAACGCAAACAAUAACAAUUGAUGAUCAACCAAAACCAGGAACGUCUUCUUCAACGAUAACAAUAAGUGACGAAUACCAUGUUAACGAUCGGUUACAACAAAAACCAGGAACUUCAUCAACUAUAUUAUCAACAAUAACAAUUGAUGAUGCUGUUCAACAAAAGACUAUUUCAACAUCGCAAACAAUAACAAUUGAUGGGGAUGAAAAUGUAUCGAAAAAAGAAUCCUCGCCUGUAGUGAUAAUUAAUGAUCAAGAAAAUUCGCAAUUAUCGUCAGUAUCGGUUGUGAAUGAUAAUGAUAAUGAAGAAAUUAUAAACGAAAAUAUGAUGAUUACAACUUUUGUUAAUAUUUCAAAUAUUUAAAUAAAUAAAUAAAUUUUUAUUUAU